AUGGACGUUAAAAAUGCCUUUCUCCAAGGGAAUCUCGAAGAAGAGGUAUAUAUGACUCCUCCCCCAGGUUAUGAGGUCAUCACCACCAAUCAAUCCAUGGUAUGUAAACUGAAAAAGGCUAUCUAUGGACUAAAACAAUCUCUGAGAGCAUGGUAUGCCAAGCUAAGCUUUUUCCUUUUAAAACUCAAUUUCAUUAAAAGUACAUCCGAUUCUUCUAUGUUUGUUAAACACACUCAUACUUGCACCAUCAUUAUUCUCAUUUAUGUUGACGAUAUUAUCAUAACAGGCACCAAUAAUGAAAAAAUUGAGGAAGUAAAACAAAAAUUAAAAGAGGAAUUUGACAUUAAAGAUCUCGGACAAUUGUCCUACUUCCUUGGAAUAGAAAUAGCCAAAUCCCAUAAAGGUCUAUUUCUAUCUCAAAGAAAGUACGUCCUUGAUCUAUUAAAAGAAACAGGAAAACUAGGAGUAAAACCUGUAGAUUCACCAAUGGAGACUAAAGUUAAACUUAACCUUGAAGAUGGCAAUCCAUUAGACAAUAUAGGGAAUUAUCAACGACUGGUAGGAAAACUAAUCUAUCUCACGGUAACCAGACCUGACAUCACUUAUGCUGUAAGUGUGGUAAGUCAGUUUAUGCAUGCACCUCGCACCAGUCAUUUAGAUGCCAUCAAUAGGAUUCUUAGGUAUCUCAAGGGGACUCCUAGUCAAGGAAUUUGGAUGAAAGAUAACAGUUCAAAUGAUAUUGUUGGUUUCUCUGAUGCAGAUUGGGCCGGAAGCUGUGACAGGAAAUCAACUUCUGGCUUCUGCACAUUUGUGGGUGGCAAUCUAGUAACUUGGAAAAGCAAGAAACAAACUGUAACUGCCAGGUCCAGUGCAGAGGCAGAAUAUAGAGCAAUGGCAUCAACAGCCAGUGAACUAACAUGGAUCAAGCAAGCGCUAACAGAUAUGGGAAUUAAAGUCAAAGAACCAAUAAAAAUGUAUUGUGAUAAUCAAGCAGCAAGACAUAUUGCUUCAAAUCCCGUUUUUCACGAGCGCACCAAACACAUCGAAGUGGAUUGUCACUUUAUAAGGGAAAAGGUUCAAUCUGGAGAAAUUGAAACUCCAUUCAUCAGAAGCAAUGAACAACUGGCAGACAUCUUUACUAAAGCUCUAGAUAAAUCUCAUCAUCAUAGGCUGCUCACCAAGAUGAGUUCCAUUAACUUAUUUGAACCCACCUUGAGGGGGAGUGUUGAGAAACAAGGGCCUCAGACUGGAUCAUCACAGGAAACCAGAUCAUCACAGGCAUCAAAAUAG